AUGAGGGGCCUUGUAUUCUUACCACUGCUCACGUUGCUGCUGCUCCUUCCGCCCCGGGAAACCCAGCCCCAGUUCGCAGGUCCUAAGUGCCGAACUGGGCCCUUAGACUUGGUGUUCGUGAUUGACAGUUCCCGCAGCGUUCGCCCCUUCGAGUUUGAGAUCAUGCGGCAGUUCCUGGUGGGCCUACUCCGCGGCUUGGAUGUGGGAACCAAUGCUACGCGCGUCGGUGUGAUCCAGUAUUCAAGUCAAGUGCAGAGCGUCUUCCCACUUGGGGCCUUCUCCCGCCGCGAGGACAUGGAGCGCGCCAUCCGUGCACUGAUACCGCUGGCGCAGGGCACCAUGACCGGACUGGCAAUUCAAUACGCCAUGAAUGUAGCAUUCAGUGUGGCUGAGGGUGCGCGCCCUCCGGAGGCACGCGUGCCGCGCGUCGCCGUCAUCGUGACUGACGGGCGGCCCCAGGACCGCGUGGCCGAGGUGGCGGCACAGGCGCGCGCCCGCGGCAUCGAGAUCUACGCAGUAGGCGUGCAGCGCGCCGACGUGGGCUCCCUACGCGCCAUGGCGUCGCCUCCGCUGGAUGAGCACGUCUUCCUUGUGGAGUCCUUUGAUCGCAUCCAAGAGUUUGGUCUGCAGUUUCAGGGCCGGCUGUGUGGGAAGGACCUGUGUGCUGAAGGGGAACAUGGAUGCCAGCAUCAAUGUGUCAGCGUCCCGGGCACAUUCCACUGUGCCUGCAACCCCGGCUACCAGCUAGCGGCAGACAACAAGCGCUGUUUGGCCAUUGACCUGUGUGCCCAAGGGACCCAUGGAUGUGAACAUCAAUGUGUCAGCUCUCCAGGUUCCUAUUCCUGUCACUGCCGAGCUGGCUUUGUGCUCCGGCGGGAUCAAAGGAGCUGCAGAGCCGUGGACCACUGCAGCUUCGGGAACCACAGUUGUCAGCAUGAGUGUGUCAGCACCGCCCGUGGGCCCCGCUGCCGCUGCAGACAGGGCCAUGACUUGCUGCCCGAUGGGAGGAGUUGCCAGGCUCGGGACCUUUGCAAUGGUGUGGACCAUGGCUGUGCAUUCCAAUGUGUGAGCGAAGGCCUGUCCUACCGAUGCCUGUGCCCUGAGGGGCGGCAGCUCCAGGCAGAUGGCAAGAGCUGCAACCGAUGCCGGGAAGGCCAUGUAGACCUGGUUCUGCUCGUCGAUGGCUCCAAGAGCGUGCGCCCGCAGAACUUCGAGCUGGUGAAAGCCUUCGUGAACCAGAUCGUGGACUUCCUAGACGUGUCCCCCGAGGGCACUCGCGUGGGGCUGGUGCAGUUCUCGAGCCGCGUGCGCACCGAGUUUCCGCUGGGCCGCUAUGGAACAGCAGCCGAGGUAAAGCAGGCGGUGCUAGCGGUGGAGUAUAUGGAGCGCGGUACUAUGACCGGCAUGGCGCUGCGCCACCUGGUGGAGCACAGCUUCUCGGAGGCGCAGGGCGCGCGGCCCCGUGCCCUCAAUGUGCCUCGCGUUGGUCUGGUCUUCACCGACGGUCGCUCGCAGGACGACAUCUCCGUGUGGGCGGCGCGCGCCAAGGAGGAAGGCAUCGUCAUGUACGCUGUGGGUGUGGGCAAGGCAGUGGAGGAGGAGCUGCGAGAGAUCGCCUCGGAACCACCUGAGUUGCACGUGUCCUACUCUCCGGACUUCAGCACCAUGACGCACCUGCUGGAGAACCUCAAAGGCAGCAUCUGCCCAGAGGAGGGCAUCGGUGCGGGGACAGAGCUGCGGAGCCCGUGCGAGUGCGAAAACCUCUUGGAGUUCCAGGGCCGUACGCUGGGGGCGCUGGACACCUUGACACAGAACAUGGCCCAGUUGACCGCGCGUCUGGAGGACCUGGAGAACCAGCUGACCACCCGGAAGUGA